GUGGAACUAGGUGCUGCUGCUGCGCGGGUCAGACUGCGGCUCUGCGGCUGGACCCCCUCCCCGCUCGAGAUCCUGAGUGAAACCUGGCACCCCGCGUCGCUCGAGUCCUGAGGGCAGCUAAGUGUCCAAGAUGAAUGACAGCCUGUUUGCCACUUUGGAUAGACUUCUACUAGAAUUUGUUUUCCAGUAUGAGCAAGAUAGAAGUACUAAGGAAGAUAUGAUUCAACGGAUUAAUAAAUGCUGUGAAGAUAUUAAACAAAGCAAAACAAUGAUUAGUAAAAUACAUGAAACUAUAAAAACAACAGAUGAGGAAAUUGGUCAUUACUGUAAACAUAGUGAGGAGAUCAAAGACAGUUGUAGUAACUGGAAACCAACCUGUGAUGUUUUUCAUAAACAUGAGGACUAUAUGCAGGAUCAGUUUGCUGUUUAUCAAGAAGCUAUUGAAAAAGACAAAAAAAUGUAUCAUGACUAUGUAUGUCAGUAUAAAGAUGUUUUGAAGCAGUAUCAACUAAAAUACUCUGAAACACCUCUUUCACAAGAAUAUUAUGAGAAGAAAAGAGAACAUGAAGAAAUUCAAAGCAGAGUGUUAGCAUAUACUGAAGAACUAAAAAUGAAUGAAACUAUUUUUAUAGAAUUUCUAGUGCCUGCUCCUUUUCCAUCACUUACUAAAUGGGCAUUACACAUGGUUAAUUUGAGAGGGAAAACACAAGAUAUCCUUAAGCAGGUCAGUAGUUUUUCCAAGCAUUCAUCUGAAUUGAAGAAAGAAGUAGAUGAAGUGGAAACAGAAAUUAACUAUUUAAACCAGCACAUUGCAAGACUUUAUGAAACAAAAAAUCUUUCAGAGGCUGUAGAAGAACAAAGUAAAAACACAGAAAAGAGAAAGGAAUUGAAAGAAAGAGUUUUUGAAAAAGAUGAAAUUGUACUUAUGUUGAAUAAAACCCCUCAAGAUAAUCAAGCAUUUCUUCCUUAUGAGUCUCAAAAACUAAUCACAACAAUAAAGACAUAUUCUUCAGAACCAAGAGUUUUAGAUAAAAAAGAAGAACAUUUUGUGAAGCAGUUAAAGCUUGCCAAUAUUGAGUUUGGACAAACAGAAAAUGAUAUACAGGUAUUUAAUGAUUCUUCUGUUAAUAACCAUUCAAGAGAUUCAGCCAUUAAGAGCCCACAGGAUUUUUUGCAGUUCAGAUUGUUAACACCACAGAAACAAUCAAUUUGUAAUUGGUGGUCUGAAAAAGGAGAUAAAGAUGCUGAGAGUGGAGAUAAAGGAACAGUAAUACAAUUAAGAGAAUCAAAAUGUACUUCACAAGUUACAGAAAAUUUGGGGAAGUCAAAAGAAAAUAAGAGUGAUGAAGUAGAAGAAAGAAGUGAGAAUUUUGCACAAACUCCUGAAAUUCCUAUAUUUUUAAGAACUCCUGAACCUGUGAAAGUACCUGAAUCUUUGGAGAAAUUACUGUUUCCUAAAACCACCUCAUUUGAAAUAAAUAGAAAUACAAUUCCUGAAGGUCAAACACAGAAAGAAUCCCCUGCAUUUUCUUUUCUUACAAGUUAUACAUCUAGAUCACCUGGAUUGAAUCUGUUUGACUCUUCUGUAUUUGAUUCAGAAACAUCAUCAUAUCAGUUUAAUGAACAUUAUUCUUCUGGAAAUUUAAAUCCUCUCUCAUCACAAAAUGAAACUGGAAACUUAUUUGGGAAACCAGAAAGAGAAGAGGCCUUUACAUUUUCUUUUCCAUCAGACUCUUCAACUGGAAAAGAUGAUUUUAGUUUUCCAUUUUCAUUUGAUCAGAAUCAAAGCACAGUACCUUCUGCUGUAAAAGGGUUUCCAUCUUCACAAAAUACAACACAGUUUACUUUUUUUUGA